AUGGCCGGCUGGUUUAGACGGCUCCUGCACAGGCCCAAGCCCAGCUCGGUGGAGAGCAGCCUCAAUGCCGGCCAUUCUGCUUCGUCCUCACCUUCCUCAUCCUCUGCCGAGAGCUCCGGCUCCUCUCCCAGCAUGAGCCUGGCCAGGUCCGUCCGCUCGUCGCCCGUCUCAGCAUCCGACAUCAACGCCUCGGGCAGCGCCCGGUGGGCCAAGAGCUACGACGUCUGCAUCUGCCACAGCGAGGUGGACCUGGAGCUGGUGGAGGAACUGGUGUCCUACCUGGAGGGUCAACCCGAAAGCUUCCGUUGCUUCCUCCAGCUGCGGGAUGCGGCGCCGGGAAGCGCGGUGGUGACGGAACUGUGCGACGCCGAGCAGGUCAUGCUCAUCACCCCCGGCUUCCUCCGGGACCCUUGGUGCAAGUACCAGAUGCACCAGGCGUUGGCUGAAGCUCCCAUGGCCAACGGGCGCACCAUCCCGGUGUUGAAGGACGUGGAUCGGAAGGAUUAUCCCAAGGAGCUACGAAACCUCUACUACAUCUACAUGGCGCUGAAGGAGAACAGCUUCAGGCAGAUCAGAGACACUGUCAUGCGCUACCUCCAGGAGCUGUGCCGGAGCUCCGCGAGCGGGACGGAGUAG